AUGAAUAUCUUUAAAGUUUCAAGCCUGCUUCUGGGUCUCGGUUGUGGAAGUAUACUGGCAGAUAUCUGCCAGCAAAAGAACUGCCAGCGUGGAAACUGCCCUCCCAAUUGGCGCAAAGACGGAGCGUCAUGUUACUUCAUAACGGAGAAGAUGACUUGGAACAACGCAACGAGUUUUUGUCCCAAGUAUGGAGCAACGCUUGGUAUCCCAAACUCACAAUCCGAACAUGAGUUUAUUUGGGAAUUCUUUCUGCAAAAGAUUCAGGAUACCACAACUGGACCGGAUCUCUGGAUUGGUGUCAUCAACCCGAAGGGAAAUUUGUAUGAUGCACGUCGUAGUGAUGCGAGCGGCUCUUACGAGAACUGGGCGGCCAACCAACCAGAUGCCUCCUCUGAUUCGCACUGUGUAUCAAUGUGGGGUGACCGUGGCGGCAAAUGGGACGAUAAACCUUGCAACAGGGAAAACUACGCAGUCUGUAAGCUCCCUGUACCCGUCACCACCAACACCCCACUAUUCUGCCUAUACACCGGUGAUGACGGUCGCCUUGGAUCUCAGUAA